AUGCAACCUUCUCAACAACCACAACCUCCUACACCCAAGUCGAGCGAUCAUGAUAUCAAAAACGUACCCAUUGCUUUUUCACAGCUUCCUCCACCUCCAUCUGCAAGAGACACUUCAGAACCACAUGAAGAGAAUGAACAACACUCCAAUAAGGCCACUCCAUCUUCACAGCCCAUCUUACGAGACACGUUGCUACCUCAAUGGGCUAAGGGUGCAAGUGCUUCCCCAAAACCUACAGACAAGAAGGAUGACGAAGAUAAACCGCUAUCGGUCUCUCAUAUCCACAAGAGAGUGCCUACUCCUUCUGACGGCAAUGAUGAUGAUCUUGUGAACUCUGACGAAAUGCUCCAUCAAGAUCAAGGCGCACUUCUUGACAAGCACAAAAACCUUAUUGAAGAUCUGAGCGAUGGUGAAGAUUCGAAUGAUGAAGAUAACAUUAUCAUGUUUCCUUCAUCUGAAAAUAGUUCUGAUACUAGUUUUCAAGUGGCUGAAAAUGAUCACACAGACUUUGUUCAGGAUCAACCUUCCGAAGAAAGAAUGAAAUCAGUCUUUUGGCUGACAAUUUGA